AUGGCGAUCAGGCGGUCACCCUUGAAUUGGAUUUGUGGGCUUAUUUUAAUCCUGUAAGUUGACAAUUUGAAAGAGGGACUGUUGCAGAUAACAGCCCACACGUGUGAUUCUGAUAAUAUCUUCACAUAAAUCUUUUCUAGCCUUCCGUUGAUUUCUAUAACCAGUGCGGCUCGUCAUCGAUCGAAGUGUCCAUACGAAGAUGACUCCAUACCGGUAAGUUUAGUUUGGGUCACAUUUCUGAAAAAGCUUUUCAUCGUAAUAACGUUUAUUUUUUUCUCCGUUGUCUAGAUAUGGGAAAAAAUUCAGUGCGACAAGUCAGAUCCCAACACUCCUCCUGUUAAGCGGUUAGUUCGUCUAUAUUCAAGGGCAUCUUCCAAGCAUAUUCAGAUGGAGGCCACGGCAGUCAAUGCGCGUGGCAACAAGAGUUCUGAAUACGGUAAGUUGCACACAAAAAAAUCUUAGAACCAUUCGAGCAAGAACUAACCUUGACUUCCUUAGUUUGUUUUUAUAAAAUUACGGCCAUUAAUUACGUUAGAAGAAAAAACAAGUAAAUUUUGUAGGCUAUCAAAACUUCAUGCUUUGAGAGAAAAUAUUUUAUUGGCAACUUAACAACAUAACACUAUUUCUCCAUUGCAGAGUGAACUCGAAUGUACAUUUAAUAAGUCGUGGUUUGUCGUGAUCUAAUUAGGCCGUGAUAAACUGUAGCGAUUACCUUCGUGUUUCGAGAUCUUUUGAUAACAUUAUAAGCUAUUAUAAAACGCCAAUUUAAAAAAAAACACGAAAUCGAAUAACCUUUCUCACUGCACUGUCAAAAUUAUAUGUAUACCAUUAAUCUUUCUCUACAACAAAAAUUGGGAACAUAACUAGCUCUGUAUUAGACUGAGAGCAGUUACGUUUUUCAAGUACGUGCGAACAAAUUCAUUGCGGCUGGUAGGAGUCCUGUGAAGGAAAUUGCCGGGCGCACCUCGUGGCUCGAUUACCAGCGCCGACAAUAAAUCUUUGACACCGAAAGAAAGUCAUCUUUUUGAGGCGCAAAGGAAAAGCCAAAGGAGAAGUGAGGGCCGAUUCCGGGUCUUUAAUGGUUUUGUCGGUUGCACCGCAGGUGGAAGAAACAAAUGGGCCGCACAUGUUUGACUGUUUCUCGAAAAGUGACGGAACUUGUUUGAUUCCAGUGAUGUUUUAAAACCAAGAGAAAUUGCAGAGGACAGUUAAUCAAGUAAAUAGUGAUAACUGUGAGUAAGUUAAGAAUUUUAAAGGUACGGAGCGAAAAAACCUGACACUUUCUUUCUUUUCACUGUUAAUCAAUUACCCAGAACAUAUCACUGUUUACUCAGCUUUCAUAGCCUAUCAAAACGAAAAAGCAGGGUUUUUGCUCGGGGUCAAUUAUGCGACGCAAUCUUUUAUUCUAACGAUUCCGGUAUGACUAACCGUUGACAUUCAAUGUUUCGCGCAGCAGGAACCAUAAUUAAUGGGCAUAAGGCAACCUAACCCAUCCUGCUCGAAUCGUUCCUGUUAUUGAUUUUGUGACGACCACACCAACCCCGGCCUUUGACUUUUCAUUUCUACUUCCUGUUUUCUCCUUUUGCUUUCUCAUAUGCCUUGCGCGUGCAGUGCAUUGAGUGAAAUCGUAAAAAAAAAAGUUGUACUUUUUCCAAUAACGCAUGGAGUUACUAAAUAGUGUCUAUUUUUCAAAUGAGUCAAGAAGACUGUUAUUAUUUCAAAAUAUAUAUAUCUUGUCGGAUUUUUGGAUACUUACCUUCCGAAAUUUUUAGCGAUUCAAAUGAAAAGGAAAGGCCAAAAGAGAAAGGGUUUUUUGCGUCCAAUAAGCAAGAAAAUCACACUAGCGAAGGAAAAGGGAAAGGAAGAUCACGGAAAGAGAGAGAAGAAAGAAGGAAGGAGAAGAGAAAAAACUAAUGGUUGCACCCUAAAUUUUUAUAUUCUUGGCUACUAUAGAUAAAAACCAGCUUGACGGAGGAGAUCUAUUUUGGCAGUAACGUUUUCAAACAUCCGGCUAGAUAAAUGGUAAUAAUUCUCAGGGGCGGAUCCAGGAUUUUUUUAGAAGGGGGUGCACUCUUCUCUUGCUCUACUUCAACACCAAUAAAACACAUAGUUUUUUUUUUUCAGAAUACCAGUUCUAUUAGAAAACCGCAGAUCAUCUUGGGGGGGGGGGGUGCGCACCCCCUGCAUCCUCCCCCUAGAUCCGCCCCUGAUUCUGAACAAAUUCUGACGUGGUUCGAAGCCAUGCCGCGCCAAUGGAGGUGGAACUGAAAAUCUCUCAGUUUAUCUACCGGUUUAUCAGUCCUGUUACAGAAAAUAUUUCAAAAUCAAUCACUAGUAGUUUUUUCGCAACUUUCGAGAAGCAGCAACAAGAAAAUACAUCAGCAUGCGACUAUGACGUGAAAAAUGACUUACAAAAUAAAUGUAAGAUACCUAAAACGAAUUUAUUGGUUCCUUUUAGGAAAAACGGUAUCAAAACCUAAAACUUGCAAUGGUAUACAUUUGUACUUUGACUCUAACUUGGCAAUAUAUAACGCCAAAUAAACUGACUGUCUAAUACAACGAACGUUUCACAAAAUGUGGUGUUUACAAGUCUUACAAGGCAACCCGGCAUUUCGUUAACAGCUAUGUUUUCUCGAUCUAUGGUCUGACCAUUAAUCUCGAAUCAAAUUCGAAUUUUGAAAAUUAGCCUAAUCAUUUGCAUCUUCAUAUUGAUUUUGAUUGAUUUCUGGUUUUUCUGAUUGGUUUGUCUUCCACUCUUGGUGGAUGGCUGAUCCAGUUUCACUCAAUCAUUUGACGUCAUCAAUCUAGCUCAUACCCGGAGAAUAUUUUUUUCUUAAAGUUACGGAUGAAAUGUGGGUAAGGCAAACGUAUUCUUGUCCCGAAAGCUAAGUCUUGAUUAAUUUUAGUUUUAUUUACUUCAAGCUAUAAUGUGCUCAAUACUCUCCCCUGUUUAAAUGAAGAAUGAUCGUCGCAGGGGUAAUAAAUUGCAGUUUAAGCAAUUGCAACUUAACCCGAAAACAUUUUCGGGACUUCAACGGGAUUCUAACCCAUCAGGCCUCUGUGUUAAUAGCGCUGCAGUGCUCUACCAACUGAGCUAUAAAGACCCAUAGAACGGGAGCAGGUUGAUUUGUUUUGUCUUAACUCGUUAAAAGAAGGAAUGAAACAUACAUUAAAGAUGACGUGAACUGCUGAAAUACAAAUUUAAAAGAAGAUAUGAUCUCUCCCCUGUGUUGUUUCCAUGUCUUCAUGCAUUUUCUUUUAUAUUUUUCAUUUCCUUCAGUUCCUUUUUGCCAGCUUGCUAAUGCCACGCCUUUUUUAUCCUGCAGCGAGAUUGGUUCUUGAGUCAGAUAACUUAACUGGUCGGUUAAAGAUUCGCUCGGAAAAGACAAAUCGCUAUCUGUGUAUGAAUAAAAAAGGAGAACUUGUAGCUAGGGUAAGGAAACUUUUUUUUAUCUUUUAUUUUUUGCUAAUUUAAUUAGUCAGUAUAAAUAAGACAAAUCGGUCAAUCCUUUGCCUAAAAUUCUUGUAAGGUCUGCACCAGAGAGGUUAAACAUCACUUUUACGUCAAACUGCAAACGCUAAUUUGUACGACGUGACCGAGUUUCCCCUUUACUUGUCAUUUCCCUUUCAUUAUUUCUACGCAUAAAUUAGUAGAUUUACAAAAAUUUUUAUCCAUAAGAAUUGUUUUGAGCAGCUUUUAUCUACUUAUUUUCUAUUGAGAAAUUCUCAACUUGCAUCUGACGUUUGCCGUUUCCCGUAUACAUGAAGUUUAAUCUCUCUAGCUUUUCAUUCAGUAAUCAGAGCCACUGUCUGUCGCGCGGGCGAACACUGGGUGCGGCACUUGAGGGAAGUUUGGGCAGCCAGGGAGUAGCAAUGUGCCACUGAGGCCUUCAAACCCUGGCCUGUUUCAGGCCGGCCAACUCGUUCACUUCGCUAUCCUGAUUAAGACAAAAGACUUUUUUAUUUUCAUUACGACCUUGGUCCAUUUAACUUCUUUCUGGGCGAAUUAACUUGGGAGUGCCGCUCUCUUGCUAAGAUCUCUUAAAAUUCAUCCUAAUCAUUGGUUUAUAGGAGUGGUUAUGACGUAAUAUUUAGGAACUUGGUGUCGAAUCUUUCAAAAUUUCUAUUAAAAUCCGUGGUUCAUUUGCAAAGAAGUUCUGUCAUUUUUUACGGGAAAUGGGUUUCUGGUGAAUUUUAACGCCCAAAUGUACAGUAGGGAAGACAACAUUAUCGACUUAAAAAAUAUCAUUUUAACUAAUUUGGGCCGAAACACGAAACAUUAUGAGGUAGCCGUUUUAAGCCAGCAUAUUACGAAUUGUUCAAGGUGGGCUUUUUGUGGAUCUUGGCAAACUCAGCCUAGCUUGCGCAGCAGGCACAAGACAAAUUUAGGGCGCAUCUAAAAAGGUGGCGCGAGGAACGAGGAAGCGCGCGAUUAGGAAGGAAGCUACCUCUUACCUUGCCUCUGUCCUCCUCUCCCGCGCGCGUCGUUUCUAUCACCAGGCAGGCUAAGCUCAGCUGUUAAAGAAAUUGUGGCCCAGCUUUGAUCUGGGAGUGAUUUGGCCACCGGCGAUUAAACGUUCCUAUUUGAAAUGGUUCUGAAUUCCUUUACGCUUACUGUACCCUUACAGCUCUUUCAGGGUAAUCAGAUCCUGGAGCCUGUUUCUCGAAAGGCCCGGAAACUUGACGGGCCUGAAGGCAAAGAUUAAAAUCCAAACCUUUUAGUAAAACCGUUCCUAGCCCAUAAACCAGUCAGUUUUGCUUCGUUAACUGGUAGUUUCAUUGUAUUAUUUUCAAAAUUAUUGAAGCUUUCAUCUUGAAUGCAAACACAACAAACACAAAACAGCUUCCCCGGCCCGAAAAGUUACCGGGACUUUCGAGAAAUGGGCCACUGAUCAUGAGCCUUAGACUAAUCCAGUUAAAAAUGAAGUACAGUAAUGUUAUAAAUGUGCAUGUUAUAUAGAUGUUGAUCUUCCCUAUGUUAUGCGUAAUCCGGGCAGGGCUCCUAUCGCGAGUCCCAGGGAAAACAAAAAAGCAAAAAUGGGGGCCUCCCUUGACUCGUAUAAGACUCCUAUAAGAGCUGAUGGAUGGCAGUCAGUAACUACAAGACUAUAAAAGGAACUUAAAAACCCUAUACGACAAACGUAGAUAAAGCCAAACUACUUCUUAAGACCCCUUAGAUAUCAAAAGGUUUGAAGCAUUGUUCACGGUCAGAUCCAUGUUAAGUUUUAUUAUUGAGAAUUUUCAGCCUCUCGAAAACUUCUUCGCAAAAAAAAAAAAAAAAAGGCAAAGGCUUAUGGGUUUAGCGGGUUUAUGAUAAUUUAGAAAAUACAUCACAGGAUCUCGGCUGUACCAAGUGUCAAAAUAGUUGAAUUAAAAUAAAAGUUAGGUCCAUGGCGGUGUUUUUAUAACUAUCAUAACGACUGGAAAUUUAUCGCGUGCACGCGCGCGAGUAGGUGUCUAGAUUAUCCGCCCUAUCAGGGUAAAGUGAUUGUUCGUUUUCACCACAUGAGAUUCUAUUCAUGCAAUGAAUACCAAAAGUUAUCCUCCCGCGGUCUAGUACGUCAUGCUGUUUAUUGCGUGAUAUUCUCUUUAAAGCGUACCAAAUGGGACCACGGACAGCUUACCCAAACACAUGAGGCAGCCUCAUGUUAACUUUGGCAAACAAUGAAGUUGUUGCCCGAACGAUGAUAGAUAACCGUAUCUGCUCGAUUUAACCCUCUCCUCGGUUAUACAUGCCCCUCUCCAGUUAAUAGAGUCCUUCAGUGUGAACUGCCCACGACUGGGAGAGAGUAAACUCCCACGGUGAGCGGCAUGAUUGUCAUGCUAUUUUGAUUUUUUUUCUAAUCCACCUUUAAAAAGAACUUUAAUCACCUAGUUGGGGACUUUUAACUAAUGAUGAGAUUUGAAGUGUCUAUUUUUGUAUUUGAAAUAUAAUGGUAGGGGUACCAGAACUUAACACGGUUAUGGGCAAUCACCGUUAUAGAUCAAGGUUACGUAAUUGCUGGGAGAGUCAUGAUUUCUACAUAGUUAAAACGAAACAACUAAAUAUUGGAGUAUUCGGUAAAAUAAAGAAAGUAGUGAGAGGAAUUUGAGAGAACUUUAAGUUUUCCUUUUUUCUUUUCGGGUAUAAAUGUAAUGUACCGUGCCCAACUGGCUCUUAACAGUCCAUUUUUUUUUUUUUUUUUUUUUUUUUUUAAUGCUAAAACAGAACAGAUAUAUAUAUUGUGUUUUCGGUAAAAAAAAAAAAAGAUGGGGAGGAAUUUGGAGAAAAAUUAUAUUUUCUUUUUUUUUUUUAGGAGAAAAAAUUAAUUUUCUGUGCCAAAAUGUUUUUUAAAGGUUUUUUUUUUUUUUUUUUUUUUUUCUGCUUAAUCCUUCCCAUUAUCAGGAGCUUGCAAUCGGACGGGUCAAAUUGGUCAGUUUAAUAGCGAAUGAAAAUCAAGAAGCAAAUGUUUCUAGCCAAUGAAACUCAACUAAAUAGCCAUAGCCGAUGAUAAGUAGUCAAAAUCAAUGUAACAAUUAUGAGUAAGAGGCUGUACAGCUUGAGCUUGAAAAGGUAAAAAUGGGAGAAACUUGACUGAUUCAAUGACUUUACAUGCAUUCUAAUGACUCACAUUUAACUGCUAAUGAGGCCUCGUGUCGCAUUCAGGUGUAAUCGGGGUAGUAAGUCAAAAUCGUAAUUUUAAAUGAAAUUACUUACCUGAUUAUUCCGCGGAAUUGUACAGGAAAAAACCCGCGAGUAUGAAUCUGCAUUUUCCCGCCAAGUUAGCCGAAACAGGUUCUUCUUAAAUGGUAAUAAGCACAAAUUUAGGCUAUUUAGGUUCUUACGUAGGUCCUUAUUUUCAUAAGAAAAUACAUUGUAGCUAAGAGAAUUUAGGGCUGUUAAGCUUAUUCCUUACAUAAAAAUCUGCAUGCAAUAUUACAGUUCCAAUUGGAGUGAUAAGGCACCAGUUACCUCUUCAAAGAAGAUCCUGAAUGCUGACUUAUCUUAUUUGCCCAAGUGUACAGACUUUUUUGUAGAUUUUUGAAAAGAAGAACCUGUUUCAAAUUUUAGGCUAAACAGGUUCUUGUAUAGAGGGUGCCUCACUGGCAAAUUUUAGCCUAACAGGUACUUUAAAACCAGGUUCCUGCUCUCGGAUUUUUACUGUACUCCGCUCAUUCCUACCACUAUUACAAAUCCUUCCUGUAUCAAAUAUCCAUAGUACUUAUUUUACCCCUUAAUCAUCAGUUGCAGAAACAAAAAAAUCGAACCCUGAAGAGAUGUAUCUUCCGACAAAUACAAGCAAACAAUGGUUACUCCGAGUUCGAAUCUGUCAAGUAUCCUCAGUGGUUUAUCGGAUUCUCCAAGGGUGGAGUUCCCAUCAAGGGAAGCAGAAGCUCGAGACGUCAGAAGCCCCGUUACCGUCAGUUUUUGGUGAUAAACCUGCGGCCAGAGAAAAAGAGAAGAAAUCACUUGAGGCGGGCUAUUCAGUACAAUGAACUGAAAAAGAGAAUCAUCAGGCUUUUGAGAAUGAAGCUGAGGCUGUGA